CCUCAGUGUCAUAUGACCAGCGCUCUGCUGUCAUUUGAGUAAUUCUGCGGCAGUUAGCAAAGCACAUCGACCAACAUUAACUUUCUCAGGUUUCCUUCUUUGUCCGACGAUGGCAACGCUGGUGGCAAACAGGGCAAUGGACGUCAACGGUUUGGCAGCAGCUGCGAGGACACACACCCAGGCUGUGACAAGAAAUUACAUCUCUCAGCCCAGGCUAACUUAUUCUACUGUGUCCGGUGUAAAUGGACCCCUGGUGAUCCUGGAUAACGUGAAGUUCCCCAGAUAUGCAGAGAUUGUUCACCUGACCUUGCCGGAUGGCACCAAGAGGAGUGGGCAGGUCCUGGAGGUGAUUGGAAGCAAGGCAGUCGUCCAGGUGUUUGAGGGAACAUCAGGCAUUGAUGCCAAGAAAACAGCCUGCGAGUUCACCGGUGAUAUCCUGCGUACUCCAGUGUCAGAGGACAUGCUGGGUCGUGUGUUUAACGGCUCGGGCAAACCCAUCGACCGUGGACCCAGUGUUCUGGCUGAGGACUACCUGGACAUCAUGGGGCAGCCCAUCAAUCCUCAAUGUCGUAUCUACCCUGAGGAGAUGAUCCAGACCGGCAUCUCAGCCAUCGAUGGCAUGAACAGCAUCGCCAGAGGACAGAAGAUCCCAAUUUUUUCAGCUGCUGGGCUGCCACACAAUGAGAUUGCUGCCCAGAUCUGUCGCCAGGCCGGCCUGGUGCAGAAGUCCAAGGAUGUAAUGGACUACAGUGCUGAGAACUUUGCCAUUGUCUUUGCAGCCAUGGGGGUCAACAUGGAAACUGCCCGUUUCUUCAAGUCUGAUUUUGAAGAGAAUGGCUCUAUGGACAACGUCUGCCUUUUCUUGAACCUGGCCAACGACCCCACCAUUGAGCGUAUCAUCACCCCACGCUUGGCACUGACUACAGCAGAGUACCUGGCCUAUCAGUGUGAGAAGCAUGUCCUGGUAAUCCUGACUGACAUGAGCUCCUAUGCUGAGGCUCUGAGAGAGGUCUCUGCUGCCCGAGAGGAAGUGCCCGGCCGUCGAGGCUUUCCUGGCUACAUGUACACUGAUCUGGCCACCAUCUACGAACGUGCCGGCCGUGUGGAGGGCAGAAACGGCUCCAUCACUCAGAUCCCCAUCCUCACCAUGCCCAAUGAUGACAUCACCCAUCCUAUUCCUGAUCUGACUGGAUACAUCACAGAGGGUCAGGUCUAUGUUGACAGACAGCUGCACAACAGACAGAUCUACCCACCCAUCAAUGUGUUGCCCUCACUGUCACGUCUGAUGAAGUCGGCCAUCGGUGAGGGGAUGACCAGGAAGGACCACGCCGAUGUCUCUAACCAGCUGUAUGCCUGUUAUGCCAUCGGUAAGGAUGUCCAGGCCAUGAAGGCUGUGGUGGGAGAGGAGGCCCUCACCUCUGAUGAUCUGCUCUACCUUGAGUUCCUGCAGAAGUUUGAGAAGAAUUUCAUUGCUCAAGGCCCGUACGACAACAGGACAGUAUAUGAAACCCUGGACAUCGGCUGGCAGCUGCUGCGAAUCUUCCCCAAGGAGAUGUUGAAGAGGAUUCCUCAGAGCACCCUGGCAGAGUUUUACCCCAGGGAGUCUGCUGUCCGUCACUGAGGCGUACUAAAGGAUGCUCUGGUUCUAGCUCUACCCUUUCUACCCACCAUCCUCCUCUCCCUUUAGUCCUUCCUUUCAUCUCACCCUACAGCCCUUCACUUCCGGGGGCUCAGACACAGAUGUUGUCAAGCCUUUACCCAUCCCAAAAUCUCUCUCCACUCACUGGUCUUAUUACCUCCACUUCUUUCCUUCCCAUGAGUCAGCUCACCCCACACCCCUCCUGCCCUGAAUGAGAACAGAGCAAUAAUCUCCCCCCUUCUGUAGAUGUACUGUAGCGUAGCUGUGUCCAGAAGUUGUGUAUGAAAAGUGUCUGUGGUUGUAAUAUCUACCCUUGAUUGAAAAAACGUGAACAUAUCCUUAUAAUUAUAGAUAGAUCUUUAUUUAUUGGGGUGUGUUACUGCUGGAUCUCCCUCUUCUGUUUGUUUUUAAAAGAAAUGCUUUGUAAUAUCCACCCCCUGCUAAAAACAAGAGCUUUCCAACAGAAGAAAGAUGUGUCUACAUAUGUUGUUAUUAUGUUGACAAAAUAACAAAAUGCCCUAAAUACAGUGGCCCUGCAGUCAGUGCCAUUUAGGUGAGGCUCAUAAAGUGUGUUUUUUAUUGAGAAUGUCAGAGGUGCUUAUUCUACUUGAUUGUCAUUUUCUUAAUUAAAAGACACACUUUGAAUGAGUAUUUGCUGAACAACACAAACUGAACAUCCACAGUGUCACCAUCUCUGAGGGUGAUUUUAUAGUCUGGCGUUUCUCUUAUUUUGUCCACUCCCUGCCUGUUGUUUACUGAAGACAGCUGCUGUAUUUUUCAUGUCAGUGGCCUCAAGUUCACUAUUACCCAAAUCUUCUCAUGUUACCAUUCACAUCAAUCUUGGUAAACAGACAAAUUUGGGCUACAGGCAGAGUUGAGAUGUUUACAGUACUUUGACUCUUUCUUCCCUCCUCUACCUGCUCUUGAAAGAAUCCAGUGGAUGUUGACAUUAUUUGUGUUUUGUUGUUUGAUUUGUAUUAUGUAAAGAGUAUACAAAAGUAUGUUAAACAUUCCCAUCUGUCUGCAGAAACUAAUUCUUUGUUGUGAAAUCAAUAAAGGUUUUGUGAGUUUAUGUGUCGAUGAAUAAAUUAAAUUAUAUGAGAAAUCUG